AUGAUAUCUCACGAAAUCCCCCAGCGCAGCACACCAAUCCAGUGUUAUGGCCCCAGCCCCCUAGCUACCACGACCCACCACGCAGUAUAUCCUUUCCCAUCUAGGGAGCCCACGCAAGCUCCGUGUGUCACCGCCAAGGCUGCAGGAACACAAUUCUCGGCUGAAUACCAAGCGGCUGGUGACAUUGUCGGCUGCGUUGCUAACAGCCCCAUUCAAGUCACAUCUGGGGUGCACGAUGCUUGUGUCCUUCGAACCAUGAGCACAGCCGCCAGCGUCAGCUAUAGAUCAUUAACAUGGUCCAAGUUGCACAAUCACACAAGGACUUCUCCAUCCGCCACUAUCAAUGACUUCAUACUCAAUGAAGUCAGCGGGAUCAAGCAACGUCGUAUGUAUUCGGAUGUUGCAUUCACUGACGCAAACAAUCCCCGCUGUAGGGCAUCCGCCCGCGAGAACGACAAGGCGGCCCCAGCCAUCAUCCAAUCAGUGCCGAUCAAUCCCACAUCUGCCCCUGUAGAUCCCCCAAUGGCCCUGUUUUAG